AUGGUGGAGCUGGUGGCCGUCGAGCCGGUGUGCGUGCGGGGCGGGCUCUACGAGGUGGAUGUGACCCAAGGAGAGUGCUACCCGGUGUACUGGAACCAGGCUGAUAAAAUACCAGUAAUGCGUGGACAGUGGUUUAUUGAUGGUACUUGGCAGCCUCUAGAAGAAGAAGAAAGUAAUUUAAUUGAACAAGAACAUCUCAGUCGUUUUAAGGGUCAGCAGAUGCAGGAAAAUUUUGAUAUUGAAGUGUCAAAACCCAUAGAUGGAAAAGAUGCUAUUCAUAGUUUCAAGUUAAGUCGAAACCACGUGGACUGGCACAGUGUGGAUGAAGUCUAUCUUUAUAGUGAUGCAACAACAUCUAAAAUUGCAAGAACGGUUACCCAAAAAUUGGGAUUUUCUAAAGCAUCAAGUAGUGGGACCAGACUUCAUAGAGGUUAUGUAGAAGAAGCCACAUUAGAAGACAAGCCAUCACAGACUACCCAUAUUGUAUUUGUUGUGCAUGGCAUUGGGCAGAAAAUGGACCAAGGACGUAUUAUAAAAAAUACAGCCAUGAUGAGAGAGGCUGCAAGGAAAAUAGAAGAAAGACAUUUUUCCAAUCAUGCAACACAUGUUGAAUUUCUGCCUGUUGAGUGGCGGUCAAAACUUACUCUUGAUGGAGACACUGUUGAUUCCAUUACUCCUGACAAAGUACGAGGUUUAAGGGAUAUGUUGAACAGCAGUGCAAUGGACAUAAUGUAUUACACUAGCCCACUUUAUAGAGAUGAACUAGUUAAAGGCCUUCAGCAAGAGCUGAAUCGAUUAUAUUCCCUUUUCUGUUCUCGGAAUCCAGACUUUGAAGAAAAAGGGGGUAAAGUCUCAAUAGUGUCACAUUCCUUGGGAUGUGUAAUUACUUAUGACAUAAUGACCGGCUGGAAUCCAGUUCGACUCUACGAGCAGUUGCUCCAAAAGGAGGAAGAGUUACCUGAGGAGCGAUGGAUGAGCUAUGAGGAGCGACAUCUCCUUGACGAGCUCUAUAUAACAAAACGACGGCUGAGGGAAAUAGAAGAACGGCUACAUGGAUUAAAGGCAUCAUCUAUGACACAAACACCUGCCUUAAAAUUUAAGGUUGAGAAUUUCUUCUGUAUGGGGUCCCCACUAGCAGUUUUUUUGGCAUUGCGUGGCAUCCGCCCAGGAAACACUGGAAGUCAAGACCAUAUUUUGCCUAGGGAGAUUUGUAACCGGUUAUUAAAUAUUUUUCAUCCUACAGAUCCAGUGGCAUAUAGAUUAGAACCGCUGAUACUGAAACACUACAGCAACAUUUCGCCUGUCCAGAUCCACUGGUACAAUACUUCAAACCCUCUACCUUAUGAACACAUGAAGCCAAGCUUUCUCAACCCAGCAAAAGAACCUACCUCAGUUUCAGAGAAUGAAGGCAUUUCAACCAUACCAAGCCCUGUGACCUCACCGGUCUUGUCCCGCCGACACUAUGGGGAAUCUAUUACAAACAUUGGCAAAGCAAGCAUAUUAGGGGCUGCUAGCAUCGGAAAGGGACUUGGAGGAAUGUUGUUCUCAAGAUUUGGGCGUUCAUCUGCAUCACAGACAUCUGAGACAUCGAAAGACUCAGUGGAAGAUGAGAAGAAGCCUGUCGCCUCACCUCCCACCACCACUGUGGCAACACAGACCCUCCCACAUAGCAGUUCUGGCUUUCUUGAUGCUGCAUUGGAGUUGGACCACAGGAUUGAUUUUGAACUCAGAGAAGGCCUUGUGGAGAGCCGCUACUGGUCAGCUGUCACGUCACAUACGGCCUACUGGUCGUCCUUGGAUGUUGCCCUCUUUCUUUUAACCUUCAUGUACAAACAUGAGCACGAUAAUGAUGCAAAACCCAAUUUAGACCCAAUCUGAACUCUGGAAGGAUAUUCAUGGCCCAAAAUUGAUUUUUUUUUUCCUGUUUAAAUGUGUGUGUCAAGAUAUGGAAAUUUCAGGGUUCCAUAUGUUUCAGUUUUGUUUAGGGCAAGAAAUAUUUGAAUUUAAAAGCACUUUAUUUUAUUUUUUAAAAAACAUGUUUCCGGUCCUAAAGAAGUUAUUUACAGUUUCCAUCAUUUUGAUUAUGAAUCUGACAACCCCUGCAAGCAAUCAAGCGAGACCUGGAAAUGAGGAAGGUUUGGGUGAACUGCACGGAAAGGCUAUACAUCACAACCUAAUUUCUCCCAAGUAUAAAGGCAUAGUAAUGGGUGAAUCUAAUGUGUUGACCAAAAUAUGUUACAAAUUAAAAAUGGUCAAAGUCCUGUGUCUUCUCUAUAACAACCACAAGGCACUAUCAUUGUUUUAAAUUUCUGUGACAACUCCCAUUUCCACAUCCCUUUGAGCAAAGAGUGUCACAGAUGUAAAAUUUCUUGCAUUUAACUUGUUUAAAAACCUAAUGCUGAAAAAGAAUAUUUGAACUACUGUAUUUAUAUUUAUUACCUCUGACUAAUUGCUUUAUUUCAAUGUAUGCUUCAAAUGUUACUUUUUUAAAUGUUUUCUUUGAACAUAAGAGCCACAUUUAUUUUCUGUAGUAUUGAGAGCAUUUUUUCCUCAGAACUCCUUCUUUGUACUCUUCAGAUGAAUAUACAGACACUGUGGCAUACUUUCAGUUUUUGGGUUUUUUUCAUUAAAAACUUGUGGUUUCACACAAA